AUGACGCCACCACCACCCGAAUUAGUGAGCGGAGGCUUUUAUGUUGUUUACGAGGAAGAUUUGGCCGGCGCACCUCCCGGAGUGUUGGAGUUUCUCUCAAGCCUAAAGAACAAUCGCGACAAUGCAAGAACUCACAGGAAUGAUCAAAAGACGAAAGAACAAUUCGAGGCGGUGCCAAAACAGCUUAGAGAAUUUGUUGAGCAGUUAACGCGGACGAUCGAACGAUCGAUCAAGCAGUACGGGUUCAGCAGUGAGGCCCAUCUCGAAGCGCCAUUCUGGUCUGAUGUUUCGAAUAGUAUCGAUGUUUUCGUCACUACAGCCACUUCUAUGCUAAGUAGACAAGACGAAGAUAUGGGAUGCCUCUUUGCGAUUGAUAAGCCUCAGCAAAAGCAAUUAUUACCCUUCGAUUUCGAUGCCAUCAUGGUCGAUACCCCAGCUCAAACAGCUGAAAAUGACGAAAGCUGUCAUCACACACCCCUAACUGAGGGGCAGUACCAGGAAUGGGACCAGGAUAAUUCCAGCAUCGAAAUGGAGCAGGUCGUAUCACCACCAAUCAACAUUGAGUCGCUGCCUCUGGAAUAUCCAAGCGCUCAAGCCGCUUUGCCAAAUCUUUCUGAGUCCGACUCAGACGACCUUGAGAACUUGGUUCAAUUCGGCAUGAACAUAUGGCCUGAGAAGAAGCUAGACCAAUUUCGACCCGGGCAGCCUGUGACUGCAGGGAUUCUGAACGAGCUUUUAUGUAAAGUUCUACCGGCUCCAUAUGCCAUUGGCAUUCCUCCCCGAAGAAUUCACAAAUUGAAAGAGACAUGUGCCGGCUGUGUCAUUCCCUAUCAUGUCAACGAAGUCGAUCAGCUUACAAGGGUGGAAAGCGAAAAGAAUCACUUUGUGGUUGCAAUUGUCGAUAUGGAGAACAAGAAAUUCACAUCUUGGGGGAUGACUGAAGAGAUGCACCGAAGUUCAAGAGUUGAAUAUGAGAAAGCGCUAGGUAUUAGCCUUGCAGAGGACAGGUGCAAGGCUCUGGCAUCGAAGCAGCCGAGUUUUCCACGGCCUCAAUUUCAACUUGUACUGCCAAGAAAGAUUUCGGAUACCGCCGAAUCAAUUCAGUUUUGUGUCAAAGGAGACAUUGGGGGUCUGCAGCGCUUGUUUUCUCUAGGUCUUGCAUCCCUAAGGGACGAGAGCCAUUCUCUCAAUCAAGGGGCCUACGUGGACAAUGAGUCGUACGAAAUUGUGAGCUAUUUCAAACUCCGCAAGAUGUACACCAAAUCCCACGAGCAGGCGCUUUGUUGCGUUAAACUUCAAGACAGAGAUUGGUUGGAAAAGCAAGACUUUGCUCAGAUUCACCGCAUCGUCCUGGAUCUGUUAUCGAGGUCACUUGAAAGCGAAUUUGACGAGCACCCAAGCGCGGUCUUCGAUAUAGAUGCAUAAGGCCGCACCGCGCUCGACUGGGCCACAGCUCGAACCCAACUGGAUCAAAUAAGGCGUUUGAUAACUUUCGGCUCCGACGCAAAUUCGAUGGACAUCACUGGCCGUACUACAAUCCUGCAUGCAGUCGAUAGCUAUAAUGUCGAAGCCCUUCGCAUUGUCAUUAAGGCUGGGGCAUGCCCUGAUCCAAAGAUACCAGAAGGUUUAUUGCGAAGUAGCCCCCUUACCUCGGCAUGUUUGAACAGUUUGCCCGGGAUGGUUAGUUUACUUUUUGAAUUUGGCGCUGAUAUUGAUGCGCCCAAUCCCGAGGGCUUAACGGUAUUGCAUUUAGCAGCCAUUUCGCAAAAUAUCGACUGUGCGAGAAUCUUACUCGAACAAGGGGCCAAUUUAGGCUACCUUGCAGCCAACGGACGCUCGCCAUUUAUGACGGCAAUGAUACAUAAUAGCCAUUCGAUAUUAAGACUUUUUUUGAGCAGAUCCGUCGACCAUUUUGAUGGAGCCCAGCUUUUGCCCACCAUAGCAAAAUACGCGGAUUCGGAGACA